UUUAAUGCAAGAUGUUUGUUUGUUGAAUUUUAAUUCGAGAUUGUAGAAAAUGGUUUUAAGCUAAUAAACUUAUACAAAAUACAUUUUAAUAUGGCGUCUUCAGUAAAUAUUUCUAUCGAAGCGCCAAUUGAGAAUCAAAUUCAAGAAAUUACCUUCGAUGGACAAGAAAUUUACCAACCUCCUCUUUCAUUAUCGGAGAAUCUUGCUCGUUUCGCCCAACGAAUAGAUUUUAGUAAACAACCUGACAAUGAUGUUCCAAUCAAAAAGGAAAAUACUGAUACUGACAGCAAAACUGGUAUCAAAGAAGAAGACGUAAAAGAUCCAGCUCAUUUUCAAUCGAGUCUUUGGCCAUGGGACUCAGUUAGAAAUAAAUUAAGAGAAGCACUUACAGAAGUUUGUGUCUUGGCAGAUGUUCUUGCGAUUGCUAAGGGCAAUAAAUACAUGGUUUUGGAUCCAGUGCCACAAGAACCAGCUGAUGUUAAACCAAUGGUCAGUGUUUAUGCUCGUAAAAAAGCAUUGGUUGGGGCUGGAACAGUUUUACUUACAGGAGUUGAACGACUAAGAACAUGUCAUAGUGAAGUGCAAAGAAAUUCCAGAAACACACCUGACUUUCAUAUUGAAUUAUUAAGGCUGCGCCAGAAUUGGCGUUUAAAAAAGGUUUCAAAUUCUAUAAUUGGAGACUUGAGCUAUAGAACUGCAGGAUCAAAAUAUACCCAAACUGGUAUGUUUGAGGUAACCAAAGCAGAGGAAGAGCCUGCCAAUAAUACGAACAGCCCUGAUACCGCCUCAAGUGGCAGUAGUAAAAAUAAUUCUGCAUUAAGAGUCACCGUCCCUAGUGAGCUACAAGGUGUUGCUUAUAUAGAAGUUUUAUGUCAAAAAGAUCAAGAAGAUUUAUGCUCGGCAACCAUAAGUCUCCUGAACCCUGGUCCAGUAGCCACACAGCCCGACUUGCAUUGGCAACAGCGAUUAGAAGCUGCUCAAAAUGUAUUGUUUUGUAAAGAGCUCUUUAGUCAAUUAGCUCGGGAAGCUGUGCAAUUGAGGGCACCAGUUCCUCACAUGGUAGUCGGAAAUCAAAUUAUGGCAACUGUUCUUCCUGGAAUUCAACUUAUUAUUGGUCUAUGCCAUUCAACAGGAGGGGGAACAGGUUCUGGAAAUCCAGCACAGCAAAAGACUGAACAUGAUCAUGUAUUAGAACAUUCAUUACAUCAAUUAUUGAGGGAAGUACAUCAUAAAAAUACACAUCAUCCAUUUCCUCAUCCAAGCAGUGGACCAUUAGGGCCAAGCAGGAAAAGAAGUUUAGCAGGACCUACAGCAGCAGACAGAUAUGAACUUCUAGAAAUGACAAAAAGUCAGACCUUAUUAGAACAAAUUAUUCAACAAGCACAACACUUUUUUAUGAGAAUGCGUACAGAAUAUGUUUUGGAUACAAUAGCUAAGGAAGUCAAAGAUCCAUUAAUAGUUUCUCAUUGGAAUGCUUUGAAUAGCCCAACACAAAGUUGUGUCAAGAUUAAUAUUAUGACUCAUGGGUAUGAUACUGUGUGCCGAACUUCACUUGUGGUUCAUGUUGGAGAAAAAUCACUAAAAUGUAUAUGCAGAGAUGGAAGAGUAAUGCAUAUGUCAUAUGAACCGCAAGAAUUGAGAGAUCUCAUUUUCUGCCAAAUAUAUCAACACCAAAUAUUAGCACUUCAAGCUGUAGCCAGAUGUAUGGGCUGGCAGCAUUUGGCAACAAGCAGUCAUUUAGGAAUUGGACCAGUAGAGCCUUUAGGAAAUGCUGCCAGCUGCAUUCUAGCAUCGCCUAUGGGAGAUCGUGCUAUAGCAGUUAGAUGUGAACCGCAAAAUGGAAUGCAAGUUUAUAUAUCUCAAAGUCCAAGAAAAGACUUUUUCCCAGGUCAACUGGUUCAGGAAAGAAAGUGGGAAAAUCUUGGCAGUCAAUAUAAAGAGGUUCGAAUUGAAAAAAUGGAAGGUAAAAACUUUUUAAAUAAAAUGGAGUUGCUAAUGGCAAGUUUAACUAGCUCCUCCUAAUACAAUAUAGAAAUUAAAUAUUUAUCUACAUAUUGAAUAUACAUCUUUUAUAUAACAAG